CCCAAUUUUUACCGGAUAUUUUUGGGUUUUGGGGGGGUUGGAUGUGUCCGGGUCGGGGUUCAACCCGGUCCAGUCCGGUUUCAUAACACUCCAAUGAAUUCCACCCACUCAGCGUCUCUGAUCCAGUGGCCGGCACCGCCGUUUAUUAAGCCUCAAGCACAGCAGUGGAAUCUAAACAAACGGUACCAAUAUGGCCUCAUUUUCCGCCGUCCGAUCCAUCGCCACCGCCCCGGCAACCUCCCGCACCUCUCGGUCAUCUCUUCGCAAUCCCUACACACUGUCUCCCUUACAUCCAUCGAAAUCGUAUGUUCGUUUCCUCCGCCGCCACCCACGCCUCCGCAUACAGGCCAUUGACGCCGCGCAGCCGUUUGACGAGGAGGCGCGGCUGGUCAAACUGCACGCUCAAUCCACCAAGCUCAAAAUCGCCGUGAUUGGAUUCGGAAACUUCGGUCAGUUCCUCGCGAAGGCCUUCGUGCGCCAAGGCCAUACUGUUUUGGCCCAUUCGAGGUCAGAUUAUGCAUCGAUUGCACAAUCCAUUGGCGUUUCUUUCUGCUUUGAUGCUCAUGAUCUCUGCGAACAGCAUCCUGAUGUAAUUCUUCUCUGUACCUCCAUAAUUUCAACUGAGACAGUCCUUAGGUCUCUCCCAACCCAACGAUUAAAAAGGAAUACGCUUUUUGUUGAUGUUUUAUCGGUAAAGGAGUUCCCCAAGAACAUUUUCCUGCAAGUUUUGCCUGCACACUUUGAUAUUCUUUGCACUCAUCCAAUGUUUGGCCCCGAGAGUGCGAGAAAUAGCUGGGAAAAUUUACCAUUUGUGUUUGACAAAGUCAGGAUUGGGAAUGAAGACGCUAGGCUUGCUAGGGUGGACAAUUUCUUGAACAUUUUUGAGAAGGAAGGGUGUAGGAUGGUGGAAAUGACUUGUGCAGAGCAUGACAAAUACGCUGCCGGCUCGCAAUUUAUCACACACACAGUGGGGAGAGUCUUGGAGAAGUUGCAGCUGGAGAGCACUCCAAUUAACACCAGAGGAUAUGAAACUUUGCUGGAUUUGGUUGCAAAUACGUCAAGUGACAGCUUUGAUCUGUACUAUGGUUUGUUUAUGUACAACAAGAACGCAAUGGAGCAAAUAGAGAGAUUGGAUUUGGCGUUUGAGGCGUUGAAGAAAGAGUUGUUUGGUCAUUUGCAUGAGGUUUUGAGGAAGCAGUUGUUUGGGAAGUCUGAGGUUGGGAUGACGCGUCCGAUGCUCGCAAAGUUGCCCAAGAAUGGCACUCCUAUGUUGCCUGCUCAAUCAAAUACCUCGGGCAACCAGAAUGAAUAGGAUGGCUUCCAUCUGUAUUAGGUAUAUGCAAGUGGUUGGACCAUCCCCAUUUUUUCGUAGACGUAGAGUCACCCCAGAUUGUAUUAUCGCGGUGGUUUAAUUUAUAUUGUAGUAUGUUAUAAGAAAUACGAUACAGAGUGUUUAAAAAGAGUGCCAUUAAUGUAGUGAGUGUAGUCCUUAGGGAGAUAGGUUUGUUUAUGUACAACAAGAAUGCCAUGGAGCCAAAUAGAGAGAUUGGGUUUGGCAUUUGAGGCAUUGAAGAAAGAGUUGUUUGGUCAUUUGCAUGAGGUUUUGAGGAAGCAGUUGUUUGGGAAGUCUGAGGUUGGCAAAGGUUGCCCAAGAAUGGCACUCCUAUGUUGUCUGCUGCAUCAAACACCUCGGGCAACCAGAAUGAAUAGGAUGGCUUCCAUCUGUAUUAGGUAUCUUCUCAACGGUACCAAUUUUGAAUCCGAAUUGCGUGUGAAAUGGAAUUUGUUUUUUUAUAUAAAUGAGUUGUGGGUGUUUUUUGUAGUAUUUGUGUCUCAUAAAACAUGUGGAUGUAU